AUCAAUAGAGGGCUUCUUGAACUCGCUAAGAUUUUCCUUACCUAACAUGCAUGCAAAUGUUUUAUUUAUCGUCAUGAUCUCCAUCCUUCUUGCUGCUUUUUCCUGUUGCUCUCCAGUUGGGACCAGCGGUGCGGUCUCCGAUGUCUUCAGCAUUGUUACUUACGCAGUGGUUAAAGAAGCCCAAAUCAAUCAGUCUAUAACGACCAGGGACUAUGAGAGGAGGGUUGGAUUUUCAGCUCUUCAAUGCGACUAUUACUUUCUUGAUAUCGAGGAAGCUUCAGACGACGCAGGGAAUACGGUUGAGAAAUCCUGCACAAAGCCGCAAGCUUGAAGUUAUUCUUAUUCCAGACUGUUAGUCUCCCUUAGUCAGACCAAAUAUUGAUAUGAAAGUCGAUAUCAGAGAAUACUAGGCCCCUAUAAUGCAUGAGAUGAAGCAGAAAUUGUUUUAUUAGAAACGAGUCGAUUUCCCACGUUUAUUUAUCUUAGCAAUGCAACUCAC